CUCGCAGAACAUUAAAAGCCGCAGUAAGUAACGUAAUCGCAAAUGGCAAUAGUCAAAUGACAGCUCUACGGUCGAAAGAUGCUAAGGAACGUAUCACAUGAAUUUCAAAUGAAGGAGAAAACCUAGAAUACACUAGUCCCCAAUAUCUGCUGGUGCCUUGAUCGGAUAUCAUAUAAGAUAGGUCGUGAAAGGUAGCACUUGGAAAUUCUACAUUUGGUGACCAAGAAGGUCAAAUAAAAGCGGGAACAGAGAAGCAAAGAGAUUGUCUACCUAACAAAAUGGACUCUUUGAAAGCAAAUGCUGAGGACAAAAGCAAAGAGAAAAUUAUCAAUAUUUUUGCGUUCUUUAUGUUCGGCUUGAUUGAGUACGUAUCCUUUGGAACUAUAAUAACCGGCUCACAGGAUAUUCUCGCCAAUACAGAAGUUCCAACGACAAUAACAAUUCUAACCGCGAAUCUUCCAUACCUGUUGCUCUCCAUCGUUUUCCCGUAUUUUAUGUCAAAGGUUCCCGUUCCUAUUCGAGUUUGGAGUGCAUUUGGGCUACUCACAUUGGGAAUGCUAGUUGUAGCACUCGGACAAAACUUGUGGCUCAGGCUUUUCGGAAUUGCGCUAAAUUCGGUGGGAUAUUCCUUCAUAGAAGUUGGCUUGCUUCCGCUAACGGCGUUUUACAGUGAAAGGACUGUGUUUGCGUUUUCUGGUGGCACCGGUUUGAGUUUCAUCGGUACAACCUAUUACACAGUUGUGACAACGUAUGGGUGCCUGUCACCGUCAAGAACCAUGCUCACGGUAUCAUGGCUACCAGUCUUCAUCCCUUUAUGUUACUACCUAAUGGACAAACAAAACAUACAGCGAAGCGCAGGGGAGGGCUCCGUCGCGUACACCCCCCUGGCUACAUCAAGCACUAAAGAAUUAGACGAAUUGGAGUCAGAGGCCCCCCUUACCAAGCAAGAGAAACUCACCAUCGCAAGCUCACAUUUAGUUUAUUUUGCGACAUUUUUUCUUGGAAUAUGCGGAAAGUAUUUGUCGCUUAGUGGAAUGACGACCACCCUGGCCUUCCCAAAAGGCACUUCUGGCCUUAAACUAGAGCCACGUGAUCAGUUCGUGUUCUACGCGAUGAGCUUUGCAAUUGGCGAGAUGUUUGGUCGCGCGUACGGUUGUCUUGUGUUGUUUUCAAAGCAUGGCUCCCGGUUUGUUACAAGCCAUAUUUGGAUCUUUACGCUUAUAAUCUGGAUAAAAGUCUUUUUCUUGUUCUUCGCAAGCUGGUUUAGAUUCCUCGAUAGUGUCUGGAUUGUAGUAUUUGUAACGUUUCUUAUAGGGUUAACCGCGGGUGCACUGUAUUUCAACGCAUUCUCUUUGGCGGGAAAAGAUGAUAUGUCGCCAUUUUGGCGGGAAUUUUCCCGCGCUUUUCUGGUAGGCGCGUUCGCUGGUGGUAUUGUGAUUGGUUCUGUGCUCGGUGCUGUUACUGAGCCAAUCAUGAGAGAACAUUGCAUGCAGAUCACCGAUAGGCAUUAUUGCUACACAAGAACAAUGAGUUCCUGGAACAGUACCGCCUGUUGGUAUUAACAGGCAUUAAGACCGUUUAGAGGAAUUUGACGGCGUAGUUGCGCCUUUAGUCCUAUAUAGGGGCUGGGGACGAAGGAGAAUUAAA